AUGUCACUUCAUCCUCUUGACCCCGCUACCGCGGUCGAGAUCGAACAGGCUACCACCUUGGUCAAAGACGCCUAUCCUGGGAUUCCCCUGCACUUCAAGGCCGGUGGUCUGCAGGAACCACCCAAGGCGGCUCUGCUCGAAUUCCUGGACGCUGAACACAACAACAAACCCCUACCCUUUCUCCCAAGAUGCAUAUUCCUCAACUGGUAUAUCAAAAGGACGCCUCGGCUGUUCGAAGCAGUGGUAGAUGUAACCAAUGGCAACUUCGUCCACCACGCCGAGCUUCCCCGAGACUUCCAUGGUCCGGGUGACCGAGCGGAGAUGAACGAAGUGGCCCAGGCUGUCAUGGCCGAUCCUGCAGUACAAGCGGAGAUUAAGCGUCUGCAGAUUGAUGACACUACGGUUGUUCUUGACCCGUGGGACUAUGGUGUGGAUGGCGAGGAUACACAGACGAGGCACGCUCAGGUCUUCAUACUCCAACCACUACAGCUUUCCGCUGGAUUUAUGGUCACUGUUGACUUGUGUGCCAUGGAGGUGAAGAAGAUCAUCCGGCUACCUCUUGGGGCCGAUGAGAGCGUGACGCAAGGUUCCAGCGUGCCUCAUCGCCGCACGGCUCCAGAGGAGCCUGAAUAUGACCACCGUCUACAGAAGACCCCCCCUCGGAUGACAUUGAAGCCAUAUCAGGUGGUCCAGCCCGAGGGUGCCUCCUUUACUGUCAAGGGCCACCUUGUCGAGUGGGAGAAAUGGCGAUUCCGAAUUGGUUUCAACUGGCGUGAAGGAUUAACGCUGCAUGACCUCUCCUUCGAUGGUAAAAGCAACUUCUACCGUCUAUCACUCGCUGAGAUGUUUGUUCCGUAUGGUGAUCCGCGCAAUCCCAUCUACCGUAAGGCUGCGUUUGAUUUGGGAAAUGUGGGUGCAGGUGUGACAGCCAACAACCUUCAGCUAUCCAAGCUUAUGUUAUCAGUGGGCUGCGACUGUCUCGGUAUGAUCAAGUACAUAGACGGUCACGUCGUGUCAGUGGACGGAAAUGCAUCUCCCCGACCCAAUGCGAUCUGUAUCCACGAAAUCGACAACGGGAUCCAAUGGAAGCACACCAACCACCGUACCGGCAAAGCAACAGUAGUACGCAAGCGCCAAUUGGUCCUCCAGACUAUCAUUACAGUGGCCAAUUACGAAUACAUCUUCAUGUGGUACUUUGACCAGUCUGGUGAAAUCACCUUCGAGACCAGAGCAACUGGGAUCCUCUCCACUCAGCCUAUUGGAAAAGACGUCGUGGUUCCGUGGGGAACCCGGGUGGCAGAUGGUGUCAUGGCCCCGUACCACCAGCACUUAUUUAGCCUUCGUAUUGAUCCUGCGAUUGGCGGUGUGCACAAUAGCUUUGCUUCCACAGAUUCUGUGGCCAUGCCAUGGGACGAUCAACUCAAUCCCGUUGGUACAGGCUAUGUGACAGAGCAGACGAUUCUGGACCGAGCAGGCCAUGUCGAAGACGAUGUCAGCAAAGGCCGAGUCUUCCAAAUCCUAAAUGAAAACAUCGAGAACCCGGUCUCGGGUACUCCGCUGGGGUAUAAACUCGUUCCUCAUAGGUCCCAGAUGCUUCUAGCCAAACCCGGCUCCUGGCAUUGGCGGCGGUCUGAAUUCGCCGAGCACUCGAUCUGGAUCACCCGGUAUCACGACGACCAGCUCUUCCCGGCCGGAAAAUACACAAACCAGUCGCUGGGUGGCACAGGGAUCAAGUCCUGGGUUGAGUCCCGGGAGAAUGUCCGCAACCAGGAUAUUGUCAUCUGGCAUACUUACGGUCUUACACACAAUCCCCGUGUGGAGGACUUCCCAGUUAUGCCGGCAGAGAUUGUUCAGGUGCAUCUGAAGCCUUACAAUUUCUGUCUGUUCAAUCCGACAAAUGACGUACCUCCAUCUAACCAGAAGGCGAAUCAGAGUGUCGAGUAUAAGGCGCCAGAGCCGGUGGGGUCUGUGUGCUGCAAGAGUAAUUUGUAG